GUCAUCAUAUCCGAGGGAAAUCGACCAAGCCGUUUAUUCAAUGCAUUCAGGAUGUCCACCUCUCCCGCUGCUGUUCCAACCACACCGAGCCUUCAUACAGGAGAGUCCUACCAGGAGAAGGCUUGGAGAAAAUUCAAGGGGCAACCAUUAGUCCCUAUCGGCACUCUUGUGACAUGCGGUGCAUUGAUAAUGGCAGCAGUUAAAAUGAGACGGGGCGACUCUCAAUCUCUGAAUAACUGGCUACGUGUUCGCGUCAUCGCUCAAGGUGCAACUAUCGCCGCUGUCUGUGCAGGAACCUAUGCAAUGAACUCGAAUGUCGGUGAUGACACAAGACAAACCAGACAAAUUGACGAGAUACAGGCACAUCGAGAAGCUCGUGCGGGCAGGGAGCGAAAAGAGUUUGAGGACCGUCUGAAAGAUGCUGAAAAGCAGUGGAAAGAGACUCAAGACGCUGUAUCGCACAGGGAAUUGAACACGAAUAUUGUCAAGGGUGUGUCGACCCCAAACGUGCUGCCAGUCGUUGAAGACAAAAUACCCCGAAGUUCUUCAUCGCAGUCUGGUUCAAGUUGGCCAAGGUAUGUUUGGUGGCCAUGGAACGGUUCCUCUGCCCCCUCAAACUCAAGUACUGGAGGCGACAACAAAUCUUCGUGAUACAAUAAUCUACGUUGCCUUCUGUAGAUCAUGACACAGUACACAUUGGCAUUAGCCCUCAAGGUGUCGCACUCAGGUGAAUAACAUUCUGAUUCAGA